GUGACAUAGUUCCUUUUGUUGCGCUCCCCUUUUACCGCACUUAAGCUCAUCAGAUAAAUACUCUUAAGUUGGAGUUUUUACAUUCAUUUCGGAAGGACUGCCUUCACAUAUUAACAAGACAGUUACAGUAUCUUUUCAGUAAAUCAUUAAUUUAGAGACAUUUUUUUGAGCAAUUGGGGUAAAAAGAGAGAGAGAGAGCAAAGAGAGUGUGAGAGAGAGAGAGAGAGAGAGAGAGAGAGGUAGAGAGAGAUAUAAGUGCCACUGAUUGUUAGGUUAUGUGUUAAAAAUGACGGUUUACACCUCAAGGCUCAUUGUACUUGCACUUUGUGUAUGUUCCUUCACUGUGGUAAAAGGUCAAGGCUGUGCAAAACAAGACAUAACGAAGAACUAUGCAAACUUUGACACAAGCGCUCUUGAGGACAAUUACGAAGUUGGGCAAUCUGUGAGGGUGACAUGCCACGACGGAUAUGUUGGAGUUUAUAGAUUUAAUUGCAAGGCGACUGGGUGGGAUGGACGUGGUCGACCCUGUCAACCCAAACCAUGUGGGCACCCCGGAGACACACCAAAUGGAGAUUUUGAACUUACCCAAGGGGAGGACUUUGUACUUGGUGCAAUGGUUAAGUACAAAUGUAGACAAGGGUACGUUAUGCAGAGUUUACUGGACUAUCGUGCUUGCCUGAGCCAAGGGUGGAGCAAUGCUGUUCCUAUCUGCGAAGUGGUCAGAUGUCCACCAGUAAAUACAGAAGAUAAUGUGAUUGCUAGCGGAAACACAGAGGAGGGAAGAUACCAAGACGUGAUUCACUUUGAGUGCAAGUCCGCUCGCGACAUGCUAGACGGCCCUCAGGAAAUUCAUUGUACUGAGGAUGGCAAAUGGAAUGACAGAUUCCCUAUUUGCAUAGAAAUAAAAUGCCUGCCCGUGGAAAUACAGAACGGGCGCAUUGUAAAUGAGAAGCCUGAAUAUAAGGAGGAUGAGCAGUUGAGAUUCGAGUGUAAUAAGGGAUUCCAGGCCAAACCUGGAAGAAAGCCCCAGUGCACAAGACACGGCUGGAGUAUAACGCCAGAAUGUGAAGAGAUUGUCUGUAGAGUCGAGUCUCGUCCAACCAAUGCUGUGAUAAAACCUGAGGGUCAAACUGUAUUCAGACCUGGACAGCGUGUGGAAAUAACAUGUAGUGAAGGGUACUGGCUGUUUUGGACCAAAGACACUUCACACAAAGUUUUGUGUAAAAGUGAUGGCCAAUGGGAGCGCUCGCUGAUUUGUGAAGAAAUAACUUGUGAAUAUCCAAGGGAUGAUCAUCUGUAUGAUUAUUGGUCCCGCUUCCCCCGGACUGGAAGACUAGGGCGAACUAGCGAUUACAGUUGUCAAUCAGGGUAUUAUAAAGCAGCAGAGAAGGCUAAAUGCACAGAGAAUGGCUGGCAACCCAAACCUCUGUGUCUUGCAAGUGUAUGUGAAGAACCAGAUCUUCCCCAUGCCAAUAUUAUAAGAAAAAGUGUUUCAAGACAGACACAUUACACACAUGGAGAAUGGAUUGAGUAUGAGUGUGAGACUGGAUAUGAGCCUAAAGGACGUAUUACCAUCCACUGUCUGCAAAGAGACGCAGGCUCAGCGCCUCAAUGGAGUGGGAUACGUCAGUGCCGGGGCAGUGCUGUGGUUAAGAGGUGUGAUGCACUAGAUGUGGAAAACGGAUUCGCAGUUGAGAAAAGGGAAAGUUCCUCUUCGGCCACUGCUCAUUAUGCAUGUGACCCUGGCCAUAAGCCAUUUACUGGGCCAUGGUGGGGGGAGUUAACCUGCACAGACGGGAAAUGGUCUGAAACUCCACUCUGUAUCCGAAACGAACAAUGUGGUGCCCUCCCAAAUGUUCCACAUCUACAGAAAAAUGCACCUGAGGCUGUGGAUCAAGGAGACACGCGAAGAAUUGAAUGUGAACCGGGUUACAAACCUGUCCCUGUAUCCGCACAGUGUCAAAAUGGGCACUGGUCAAAUGUAACAUGCGAACCUGAAGCUUGCGGUCCUCCGCCCCGUGUUGACAAUGCAGUCAUAGACUCUGACUAUCAGGAUCAUUAUCGUGAAAACGUUUGUCUGACUUAUAAAUGCCGAGCAGAGUUUAAAAUGGAAGGAGAAAGCAGAGUUUGCUGCCAGUCGGGACAAUGGUUAGACAUUCCAAAAUGCAUCUCCCAGUUUUGUUCAGAACCCGACAAAGAAAGGAAUAAUUCAAGACUGCUCCCAUCAAACAAGGAAAAGUACCGUAAUGGUGAAAAAGUGCAGUAUGAAUGCAAUGAUGGAUAUGUGCUUCUAAAUACUGGAGAAGCCACAUGUGAGAAUGGACAGUGGACAUAUCCACAGUGUGUUUGGAAUGGCUGUGAGGUGCAGACAGAACUGUGGCCACAUGUGGAUGUCGCGGAUGUCCAUUUCCAAGAAGACAAGAUCAAACAUGGCGGAACGAUGAGAUAUACGUGCAAAGAGCCAUACAAUUGGGAAUUUGGUACUUUGACAUGUAGGGAUGGACAGUGGGGCGCUCCUAAAUGCACAAGUCGCACAUGCCCAUAUCCCCCUUUUGUGGAAAAUGCAAAAAUGACAGUUGAGAAGAGUGACACAGAGGGAUUAAUCACAGAGGUUUCAUAUACUUGCACAGAACCCUAUGAGCUUAGCUCCGCCGCCACCAUUGCGUGCAAAGGUGGAAAAUGGGAAAGUCCUCCAAACUGUCAAAGUGACAAAGUCUGCCCUAAGCCCGUUCCAGAGGAAGACAAUGCCAGCGUGUCCACAAACUUCAUAAAGAGGAUAUAUAUGGAGGGGGAUGUGCUGCAGUACACCUGUGAAACUGGCUACGAAUCUGAGAGACCAAUCAGUUACUCUUGUAGAGGCGGAGAAUGGGUUAAAUCUGGGAGAGGGAAAUGUUCGCCGAGCAGACGAGACCAGUGUGGGCCACCACCAACAGUUGACUCAGCAGAAGUGAUAAGCACUGUGAAACACCAAUAUGAGGAGGGGAACAGAGUGGAAUAUCAAUGCCAGGCAAAAUAUACAAUUUCUCAAAAUCGCCACAUGACCUGUCAUCGUGGUCAAUGGACAGGAGAAGUCAAAUGCCUCAUGAGCGGACAAAGCCAGUGUGGGCCACCACCAACAGUUGACUCAGCAGAAGUGAUAAGCACUGUGAAAGACCAAUAUGAGGAGGGGAACACAGUGCAAUAUCAAUGCCAGGCAAAAUAUACAAUCUCUCUAAAUGACCACAAGACCUGUCGUCGUGGUCAAUGGACAGGAGAAGUCAAAUGCCUCAAACCCUGCACAGUCACAAAUGCAGAAAUGGAUAAGAACCAUAUAGAGUUCAAAUAUGGAGAGAAGAACAAAUUGUAUGCUCCACAUUUGGAUUACAUCACCUUUGAAUGCAAAAGGUGGAAACGGCCUCGUCCACAAAGUCCUGAUUUUAGACAGCAGUGCUUCGAUGGUUCCAUGACUUUGCCUCGCUGUGUCUAAUUCUUGCCACUCUGAAGGUUCUUGGCUGGAAAUAAAUGCUGAGUGUUGAGUAAACACAGUUUGUGUCCUAAUUCUUAAAAACUAAAGAUCAUCUGAUGAUGUUUUAGAUCAUUUUUUUCUCUAAAUUCUGUUCAUCAGUAUGUACUCAUCAUCUAACUUUAUCAAACGUUUAACACAAGAUUUUUUUUUAAAUGCAGAUAAUGGAUGUCAUUCAGUCUGUAUGAACUUAAGCCACUUGUCCUCUGAUUAACGCCGAGUUAAUUUUACAGUUACUGUUCACAUAGAUCAAAUGAAUAUAAAUGUUGUUUAGCUUUGUGUUUCUCUCCUGUGUAUUACUCAUGAGUGUCAGCUAAAAAUCUGACCGUUACUCAACCAAAUAUGAUGCUCUUCUGCUACAUAUUUGAAUAAAAUUCUUUUUUAGCACGUUA